AUGGAGAACCCACCAUUACCAGAAAACUACACUGCGAUAGUCGGCCUUUCCCGCUUUUUGGCAGCCAUGAAUAAUAUGCCAGCUGAUGGUACUGGGAUUACUAUACUUGUGAAGCAGUCUCAUAAUUUGAUGGGAACAUGGGUGCCACCUGUUCUAGAAAACUAUGUCAAAGGGUUACAGAUUAAUUUAUUUGGAGAUUAUCCUAAUAAAUCGGAUUUAGUUCCCUCAAUAAUAUUUGCUGUUGUAUUCUUCAUAUUGUUGUGUGCACAUUUAUUUGUCUAUUUCAUGAACUAUUCUCGUGGGCACUAUUUCUAUAUAUCAUUAUGUGCUGCAUUUUAUUGCAUUGUCAGAAUAUUGGGAUUUUCCCUUCGUGCCGUUUGGUCUCAGGAUAUUUCACAGGGAUUGAUAGGUUUAACUGGAGAGGUGUUUUUGAUUUUGGGUUCGAUUAUCAUAGUUUCCUUCAAUUUGAUAUUAGCACAGAGAAUAUUUACAUGGAGACAUCCAGUCGGUGGAUCAAGAAAGUUAUUUUGGGGCACCAUGUUCCAAUUGUAUGGAUUUGUAUUGGGAGUUAUCGCUAUGACCAUCGUUGCAGGAGCAGUUCCAUCCCUCUAUCUAUUAGGUAAAGAUGCUUAUAGGAACUAUAAUAUCUGUACCCAGGCGUCUUCUAUAUUGAUUAUUCUAUAUUCGUUAACUUCGCUUAUCUUAUUGGCCUUGACAUUUUUCUUCAAGCCAACGAAGAAAGACAAGAACUUAUACACUUAUCAACCAUGGUGGAUCGAAAGCUUUGGGACUUUCUAUUAUGUGCAAUCUGGAGAGCCACAGAGAGCAGCAAGUUCGUUCUUGAAAAGGAAUUCUAACCAUAGACAUGCAAUCAGAGUUAUUGCCUCUACGAAUCAUCAUGCCAACAUGGUAGAAGGCUUAUCAAAUCUGAGAGGUGAUGUGACCCAUAAUCUCUCUAUGGGAUUGAUUUUAACAUCCACGCUCUUAAUUUUUAUUGGUGCUUUAUUGCGAGCUAUCGUUAUCUUCCAAGGCAACAUUCAAAGAAAUACUUCCAGUGUGGGCAAGCCUGUUGUCAUGUAUAUAUGCUGGGGGGUAUUUGAAGUUAUUAUUAACAUUCUAUACCUAGUGGGGAGGAUUGAUCUCAGAUUUUAUAGACCUGACAGACUACCUAAGGAAGUGAGAGCCAUUGUAACUGCUCAACAAAGUGCUGUUCACUCCGAUAAUGAAGAUGAAGAAGAAUAUGCUGACUCUGAUGAAGAAAGCUCUGAUUCUGAUGAUAAUGGUAAGCUUGUUGCGUUAUACUCUCGUGGUAUUGAAAAAAGAAUUUCAGUUGAUGAUCAAGAUAACGAAUUUAGGUUUUAG